CCCUCUCUUUUCGAUUAAAGCCCGAACCGCUCCAUUCCGCCCUCCCUCGCCUCUCAAACCACCCAGCUUCACCUGCUAAGCCGUAUUCGAUGCUGGACCCGCGCAUAACCUCGUGGAUCCUCGAGUUCGUCCUCCGCCAGCCCGCCGAGGAUUGGAUGGCCAACGAGCUCCUCUUCGCCCUGCCCCUCCCCUCCCCCCUUUCCCCUCGCCUCAAAAAAAUCCUCCUCCUCCGUCGCCUCUCCUCUGAUCUCUCCCGCCCCUCCCUCUCCGCCCGCACCCUUCUCUCCCUCGAGCUCAUCGAGGAGCUCGAACGCUACGCCGGCGCCGGCGCCCCAUCCAAUUCCCUCGCCGCCGCCUACGCUGCCGUCGCCGUCGAGUGCACCACCCGCUUCCUCCGCGAGCGCUCUGACGAUGACCACGGCGAGGACUUCUUCGACGCGGUUAACCGGAUCUGGAACUGCCGGGUCGCUGAUCUCGAGCGGUCGGAGGCCGCCGGCCUGUUCUCGCCGGCGCUGAGGGAGGCCAGGAGGGAGAUGGAGGAGGCCAUCGUGAAUCCCGUCGUGAGGGUCGGUCUCACGGGGAGGGACACAAAGAAGGCGGCUUUGGACGCUGUUAGGGUUUAUUUGGAAGAGGCCGAGAAGGAGAUGGGGCCUCCUUAUCUUGAGCACUUGGCGAAAGCGGUCUGCGAGGAGUGGAUGAGUUCAGGAACUGGGAGGGACGGCUCUGUGGUGGAACUGUAUGAAAUGUUGCGAAAUUUAUUGGCCUCUCAGGGGGAACGUGGGCGAUACGAAGGUCUACCUGAUGGUAAUACAGCAAAAUCAUCUGGAUUGCUGGGAUUUGACAAUUAUGAGGAUAGUGUGCUGGGUAGGGACAAGGAUGCACCUGAACAAGAUAAUAUGGAAGAAAACCAAAAUCAAAUGGACUUAAAGCUGGUGUUUUCUGUCAAUGAAGGUGCUGGCAAGGGCCCCAACAAUGACGAUGAUGCAAUUGCUCGUCCCAAUCUCAUGAAUCAAGAUCCAUCUGAUUUGGAGCAUGUGGAAGAGAACAGAGAGAGGGCAUCUUUAUCUUUUGUUGACAAGGGUACUAAAGAUGGCAAUCCUGGUACCACUACCUGUGUUGGGGACAAGAGGGAUUGUGCUGGAGCACCAAAGCCAAGCUUAAUGGAUUGGAACCCAACUGCCCGUACAUUUGAGUGGGAUGAAGAUUCCAUUGAAUCUCCAUCUGAAAAUUCACCUGAUCCAUCAAAUAAACUUCACCUCCCAAGUGCAAAGAGAAGAGAAAUUUCUUUACCAUUAGAAGACAAUAAAACAUUUGUCAAACGUAGAAGGAAAAAGAAGUGGAGUUCUCUGGAAGAGGAGACUUUGAGAAAAGCUGUUGAGAGGCAUGGAGUAGGAAACUGGAAAUUCAUUAAGAGUUGCCAUCCUGAAAUUUUUAAAGACAGAACAGAGGUUGACUUGAAGGAUAAAUGGAGAAAUAUGAUCAGGUGUAUUUAAUUGGAAUGAAAAAGGGUAAUGGGAGUCAGCUUUUAUUGAGCACUUGUUUGCUGAGGACAGCAUGCACACCUUUAAUCCUGUAAGUUCUAACUCUAUUUACAUCGAUUUUCUCUCUCCCCCCAAAUCAUCACGCACGCCCUAAUUGGUUACAUUUUCCUUAAGGGUCAUAGCUUGUUUUCCAUUUUCAUGCUAUAGACAGUUGACUUCCUAUGAAGGGAUUCUAAUUUGAUCAUCCAAACGGUCACCGUCCAAAGAUCAUCCUCUUGGGUCAUCAAGAGUGCUUGACAUUUUCAACUGGAGGUUGAUCCACAUAUUCUAUUCCUAGGCAUAAGUACAUGUGCAGAUCAUAAUUAACUGCAUGGAUCUUUCAUUUGGAUGGCUCACUAUUGAUUUUGGAAUCAUUAGUCUAAUUAUUGACCAAUAAUGCUUUAAAGAGACUUUUUGUUUUAGUGGUCUCUUACCAGGGUUUCUAUUUUAUUCAACUGAGCUUAGCCUAGAAAAUCGCUCUUACAAAACAAUUCCCUAAUAGAUGAAAAAGUAUCAUGGACAAUAACAUAAAUAUGGUUAUUUUACAAGGAUCCUUGCCCAUUAAGUUGUUCCAAAUUUUUAACCAGAUUUAGUGACAUUUGUACAUAAGAAUAUGUGAUUGCUCAAGAAUCAAACCAUCAAGUCUCAGACAGACUUAAAUCAAUUACAUUGCCUUUUAUAGCCUCGACAGACUAGGUUUAUCUAGGCAUGCUUCUAAGAGGGGUAGCUAUUGACUAAUAACUGUGCAUGAACCUCAAAGCCUCUGCCUUGAGUUCUAUGUAUUUGCAAAGCAUGACGUUUGGAAGGUUGGCAUAUGAUGUUGCUUCCAUAUUUUCUUUUUGCUGUCUUAUAUUGCUUGUCUUUAAACUAUUGAUGCUGUCAAUACGAUAUUUCUUCUAUUGCUCCAUGAGAGUUUCUGGACUAUUGACUCGGUUUACAGGGCAUCUCUACUGAAUACUUCCGGUGUAGAAAGUCUGUUUUCAGGGAUGUGCCCGCACUUAUGAAGUUCAUUGAAAUGUUUUCUGUCCUCGUCCAACAUAGCCUUAUAGAUGGGUUAACCCGAAGGAUCAUUUGGUUGGCCGUCUUUUGCACAAAUGAUUCCAGUUGAACCUGCCCAUUCUGAUGACUGCCGGCACUCGAUAAAUUAAAUCCAGUUAUCUGCAUGCCUGUAAGUGGUAUCACAUACUGAGGAAUUAUAGCAAAAGGAGUUAACUUGCUGAUGCCUGGAAUAGGGGCAUUUGAUCUCCACUGUAGGCUUGUAGAAUGUUCAAGACUUCCAUUUCUCCAUCACUGUUCUCAUAAUUCAUCAUCUACUUCCUGUUUUGUCAUCCUCCAUGACCAUCUACAUUUACUCCCUGCUUGACCAUCCACCAUGACGAUCUACAUUGAGUCUGUCAUCUCCUCGGGCUUGGAUGUUUGCUUUGAGGAGCUUCCUCAAGUAGAACCUUCCCACAUGGAGAAUCAGAAAGGCGAGACUUUUUACAAACUCAAUCGAGGCUCACAAGCCUCUCAUCAAGGACUCUGUUUCCUGCCACCUCUUCCGCCCUUGUCCUUGACUUGUUCUGCACUACAUUGAUUGAUAUGGCUGGUGAGCUUGGCAUCUCAUCUUUCUUCUACUUCACCUUAAUGCAGCUAUUCUCAACCUUAUUCUCUUUCUCCCUAUCCUCCAUCGGUGGUUCUUGUCAUAAGCAGAGGACAAUGAGAGGGAUGUUAAUGUUCAAGACCGCCUGCUGCCAACACCCCAAACUAUUCCACAGGUCUCAAGAGAUGAGAAUGAUGAAGGUUACACCAUAUGCGUUGACUAUGGCCUGGAGGCCAAGGGUAUGAUGGUGAAGACCUUCCCUGAGUUGGAGCCAAGAAAAUGUCCUUGACAGAUGGCCAUUGUCUACCAAAUCACCCUACAGUGCUGAUCUUCCAGUAGGACCCCUGCUAGAACUUGGGUCCAACAAGGUCCGCCUGGAGCAGCACAACUGCAUUGAAUGGCUUGAAACUGGGUCAGUGUGUUCUUGUGCUUUGGAAGUUUGGGUUGCUUUAAUUCUCGACAAGGGAGAUGGCUUUGAGGCUGGAGCGGAGUGGGUACCCAUUCUUGUGGGAUUUGUGCACUCCAUCCUGAUGAAAGAUUCAACUGCUGAUGCCGAGCGUUGCCAAACUUGAUGAGGUAUUUCCAGGGGGGUUCUUAAAGAGUACUAAAGGCAGGGGACUGGUCUGGCCAUCUUGGACACCUCGGAUGAAGAUGAGACAAGGCGGUAGGGGGACUCAUGACCCUAUUGUGGUGUAACUUGUGCCUGGAGAGCUUGUGGUUAGGGGUGCCUAUUCUCAGGUGGCAACUCUAUGCUGGGCAGCACCUGAAUGCCUUUAAGAUGCCUCGAGGGAAAUGGGUGUGGCAUUGGGCCUGAGGUUGGAUCAUGAUUAUGGAGGAGUUGUUGGAGAUGGGUUGAGGUGCGUAUGGAGGAUAGUGAGGAAGGCAAGAGGGGAAGGAUUUGGGAGAUGAAGGUAGCGAGCAGGAGAGUCAUUAAGGAAGGGGAAUCCUCAUUUGCGGCUUUGGAGUACUUAAAUAAAAAUUUAAAUAAAUACUUGGUAGGUAGCUGUGGGCAUGUAACUCAUACAAUCAUACACCAAAACUGUUACUAGUCAACUUGAUCUUCUGAGAGUAGAGUUCAUUGUUAUAUUGUCGGUUGUGGGAAAUUUGCUAAGCUGUCGUUCCAUUGUAUGGCCGCAAAGCAUCACUGUAGUUAACUUGCAAGGCAUACAAGAAAUGAGCUAGUUGUAAAUUGUAAUGUGGAUGGCACUGUCAUGUUGAACCUUUGUAAAUUUCAGAUAGGUCCUUAUUAUCAAUCUUGUUUGCUGAUACAUCCUCGGAAAUUGAGGAGAGACCAUCAGCUAGUUCUAUU